AUGAGAAGGAACGGUAGAGCGGAAACGUCAGAGGGUGCUAGCGACGGAACAAUAGGCAUUGAUCAGGCAUCCGCAGAAGUGGCGAUCGAAGUAUUGUUUACUGAAGAGAUCAAAAUCGAAAGUGAAGCGGGAACGAAACUUCAGCACUCUAUUCUGGGCAGGACAGUUGGCACGGCAAAAUGCUCAUCAUCGAGUUAUGCUCAAGGACCUCUUGUAGAUCCUAAGCUUAGUAAAUACAAUCAUCUUUCGGCUACUCAGGGAAGUGAUGUUCAUUUAGUAGCAGACAAUUUCAUUGGCCGGCAGAAUCAGCUGGACAGUAUGUUUCGAGGUUCAAGAAAGAAGUUUGGCCGUUCACCAAGUUUGAGGACCCAAAGAUCUCAAAAAUCUUCAAAAUCAGUAACUCAAUCGUUGAUCGAAGAUGAAACAGUAAUCGACAAGAGGGAAGAUUCCAAAAUUGAGAUGACGAUGAAGUCCACACGUGAGCCCAAAACUGCUUCAAAGGAAAAGCUUCUGGUCUACCGUUUUGUUCGACGAACGAUGGAAAAAGGUGUCCAAGGUCUACGAACGGAAUUCUUAUCCAUGAAAAGGUCGAAUAACUUAGCACUCAUGAGAAAAUUCGUACAAAUGAAUCCACAGGGGAAAAAUCGGUACAAGGAUGUCGGAUGUCUGGAUGCGACAAGAGUGAAGCUGAUGAACUGCUGUGAUGAUGAUUACAUCCACGCCAAUUAUGUUGCUACCCCAACGUGCUCGAGGAGGUUCAUUUGCACUCAAGCUCCGCUAGAAAAAACGUCCAAGGAUUUUUGGCUAAUGUGUAUACAGGAUCGAGUGGAAUUCAUCGUUAUGCUGUGUAAUUUUUUCGAGAAGGGAGCAAGAAAAUGUUUCCAAUACUUCCCAACCAGUGGAUCGUUACAAUUUGAUGACAUUACGAUCACAUUUGUAAAGUCUACUAUGGUGAGAUUCGUUUGCAGCACAAAUGCACAUGUUCGAAUAUCCGCCUUUCUUGUAGAACGGCACGGAAAGAGAAUGAAGGUAAAACACGUUCAUUGGGUGGAUUGGCCUGAUCGAGGUGUGCCACCGGCGGACACAGCUAUUGUGCAAAUUCUCGACAUCAUUAAGAGUACUCAAACACCGAUCGUCGUUCAUUGUUCUGCGGGUGUCGGAAGGACUGGAUCCAUAGUUAUGAUUCAAUACAUUCUCGAAUCUCUUUCGCUUAAUCAGCCAAUUGAAGAAAGCGAUAAAAUUCUACUAAAGCUGAGGUCUCAAAGGGCGAACACAAUUCAGACUGAUCAACAGUAUCUAUUUGUUCAUCAAGUACUGUUGAACUAUUUUCAAGAGAAUCAACUGCUCGAUGCAGCAUGGAAACCAUAUCUUGAUAAUUUCACCAGACUAUACAACAAAUUUGUGUUUUAG